GCGACAGCUAGCGGGCGGGUUGGUCUUGGAGGCUCAGUGUAACCCGAGCCAGCAUUAGCAAUACACGUGAGAGAGACAGGAGAGAGAGCACUCACCGCACGGACAGAGAGCGAGAGAGACAGGACGCUGGAUGGUUGGUUUGCUUAGUCCCAAAUCACCUGUUGCUUUGGCAUUACGCCACUUUUUUCACGGGGCAACAGGUUCUUCCUCUUAUUCUUUGGCAGAAGUCAUUUGCUGCGGAGUCCAUUCUCGUCUGCCGAAUGAAAUCAAACGCUGUCUCAGGUCGUUGACAAGACUUGACAAGGAACUUCUAGACUGAGCAUGAUGGAAUCAGUCUGUAUUUCGGGGUUUUUACUGAACUCUACAUCUGAAACCGACAUCUGAAACUUUAGAAUAUUAGACAUGAUAGCAGGAAUUUCUCGUUAGCAUCGAGACAAACUAUAUCAUCUUUGGCAAUACUGUACUACUUCUGUUUCCUACGAAGUACUUCUGAUCCCAGAAAAGAAAAGAACAAUCAAAGGUGUGUAGAUUAAAUCUGGGAAUUAAACAGAAAUGACGAAUCCUUAUCUAAACAGCUUGAGGAGUAAUCAAAUCGGAUAAAACUUUGAAAAAACAAAUCGAUUUAGAAGAAAGCACGAAGAAAACGGACGUAGACACAUGCAGAACAACAAUACGAAGAGCGGUUUUCUGUUCUGUCGAAGCCAACUGAACUUGACCGAAUUUUAACUUCAGAAAAACUUCAAAAGACUCGAUUUUUUUUUGUUGCUUAUACCAAAAGUUUGACUGAAGAAGAAACAGUACUGCAAGUAAUCUGCUGAGAUGACUCGACUGAUUUCGUCGCCCUACCCAGACUGAUUUAACUGACUUAAUUAACCAUCUGACGGAAGUUCUCAAGUGCAAAUAAGGUCUUCUUGGAAGGAUAUGGCGUUCACGAAAGAGCACUACAAUCAACAUGGCCAAUCUGAAAGCCAAGAUGCCGAGGACAACUAUACCUGCCAAUCGAUGAUAAUCUAUCUCUGAGAAGGCAAAUAAAAGAACUUCGUAAACAAACGUCUGAGACAAUAUCAAAGUUGUUCGUAUUGCUUUGAAUUUUGUAGUGAUAUUAUACACACUUGGUCUUGCAAAAAAAAAAAAAAAAAAAACAAUGGAGUACCUCAAGGAGGACUGCGAGUUCCUGAAAAGGUGCGACACUUUCCAAGCCAGUGGGACGGAAGACGGCCGAGUGGAGAUGACCCUGGCAGAGAACCUCCUGCAGAACAUCUCGUGGUUGGGCGUCAACGUCACCCCAGCGACGACGGAGCUCCCCUACUUUCCCAUAGAGAAGCGACCCGAGACCUACAUCGUCCCGAUCGUCUUCUUCUUCAUCUUCGUCGUGGGAGCCACGGGCAACGGCGCCCUGGUCUUCAUGUUCCUGAAAUACCCAAACAUGCGCAACGUGCCCAACACGUACAUCCUCUCCUUGGCACUGGGCGACCUCCUGGUCGUCAUCUUCGCCGUCCCCUUCGUGUCCAUCAUCUACGUCACGGAAACGUGGCCCUACGGCGAGUUCAUCUGCAAGCUGUCGGAGUUCAUGAGGGACGUCUCCGUCGGGGUGACGGUGUUCACGCUGACGGCCCUCAGCGCCGAGCGCUACUACGCCAUCGUGGACCCCGUGGGGAAGCGGGCCGGCGCCGUUGCCCGCAGGACCACCACGGUGGCCACCAUCUUCAUCUGGCUGCUGGCGGUGAUCUUCGCCCUGCCCGCUCUGAUCUUCUCCUACCUGAGGCACCAGGACACGGCCAAGGGCGAGAUCGUCGUGUGCUACCCAUUCCCGCCCCUGCUGGGGAAAUUCUACCCCAAGAUCAACGUCGUCUCGAAACUCACCGUCUACUACCUUCUGCCGCUGCUGACCAUCUCCACCUUCUACCUCCUGAUGGCGCGGCACCUGAUGCAGGCGGCCGCCCCUCUGCCGGGGGAAGCGCAGCACCAGAGGCAGCAGCACCAGCGGCACGUGGCCGCCCGACGGAAGGUGGCCAAGCUGGUGUUCGCCUUCGUGAUCAUCUUCGCCGUGUGCUACUUCCCGAACCACGUGUUCCUAAUGUGGUUCUACUUCAACCCCAACAUGGACAGUGACUACAACCAGUUCUGGAACAACUUCCGGUGGAUCGGCUUCUGCCUGGGCUUCGUCAACUCCUGCAUCAACCCCAUCGCCCUCUACUGCAUCUCGGGCACCUUCAGGAAGAACUUCAACCGCCACCUCUUCUGCUGCCUGUGCCCGGAGGCGGCCCAGGGGCGCGUGUGGACCACCUUCCACUUCCACUCCUCCGGCCACCACUUCAUCUCCACCGUCCGCAAGACAGACAACUUCGACAUGUCGACGAUGAACGGACCCGAAAAGACCGCCGUUUAAAACGACUCGCUCCAGCGAACGAAAGACAAACAAACAACAAACAAACGAUGAGGGAGCUUCUACGUACACUGCUUCUGUGCGCUUACUGUCUGUCUGUCCUCAUUCUGCUUGCGGUGGAAACGGCUCUCUUGUGCCACCUGACAAACAUCUCAAGAAUUUGGUGUGCAAAUAGACGAAAAUAACUUGUUCCUGGGCUUGAGCAAAUCUCCAUCGUGCAGAAAUGCUACCGGAUGAGUCGUCGAGAAAUUACAGUUUCGACUCGAAAAAUGUAGAAAGAUACUUCCGUAGAGUAACAUGCACAAAUAUU